GGGGUGUUCGCAGACUGAAGGAGCAAUUCAACCAUAGAGACGCCACUCAUUACUAAAUAGAUUCAUAGUGGUCUUCUUAGAUCACUGGACACUCAUCGGAUACGGGGUUUGUUAUCGUGUCUUUUCCCCAAAGGAUUGCCAACUCGACUCCUCUCGUCAAAAGUUUCUAUAUGCGGGGGAAGCUUCUCCUAAUGGUAGGUCCACCCUGUAGCAAGGGUCCCUCGGCAUCGACCGCUUUUUCAACCUGAUAAUGGCUGGCGAGUCUUGCAGUUAAAUACAAGGUAUCCAUUAUCCCUUCUCCUGGUUGCACACAAGUCUCCUAGAGUCCUCUUUGUCACAUCCCUUGUCUGAUCUUGAUGCCAAGUGAACAUUUGCAAACAUGGCCGGAUCGCCUAUAGUGGCUAUAUCAGCGAUUGUCUUGUCAAUUACCUUGUUAUAUAAAUGUAUUGUGUAUCCCCUAUUCCUCUCACCACUGUCCAAGAUCCCCAAUGCGCACUGGACAGUUCCUAUAUCUCCUGCUUGGAUGCUCUGGAAGCGUUUCCGGAGUCAAAACAACCGGACCAUCCAGGCUGCCCAUGAAAGACUUGGGCCGAUUGUGCGGCUUUCCCCAUCAGAGAUAUCCAUCAAUUGUGUUGAAGGUGGUAUCAAAACCGUUUACACAGGCGGAUUCGAAAAGCAUGAAUGGUAUCCACGGGUCUUCGGGUCACUCGGUACCGUCAGCAUGUUUACCAUGAUUGGCAGCAAGCCCCAUUCUGUUCGUAAAAGGAUGUUAUCUAAUAUUUAUAGCAAGUCAUACUUGCAGUCCUCGCCUCAUAUGCGUCUGAUCUCGGAGACUAUUUUGUUCGAUCGCCUCUUUCCAAUGAUCCAAGAAGCAGUCUCCUCAAACGCGCCUAUGGAGGUCCAUGAUCUCAAUCAGGCACUCGCCAUAGACUUUGUAUCAGCGUAUCUCUUUGGCUUGGCGAAUGGAACCAACUGGCUUCAAGAUGAACCCUUCCGGCAGAGGAUGCUCCACUACUACCAGGGCAGGAAACCGUAUGAGUUCUACCACCAGGAAGUUCCUGGCCUUGUAUCCUGGACGAAGUCCAUUGGUAUUCCUUUGAUUCCUAGAUGGUGCGAUGAGGCCAAUGCGGCGCUUGAUGCUUGGUGUUUAGACCUCUGUGACAGAGCAGAACAAUGCCUGCAAUCAACCGACGCCGGUGUCGAGCCUGUGGCAUACAAGCAGCUCCAGCAAGCAAUGAUAAAGCAGUCCUCACAAAAGGGAAACACAGAAGAGAGCCCGGAGCAACAGCGGAUCGAGAUUGCCUGCGAAAUGUAUGACCAGCUCACUGCUGGUUUUGAAACCAGCGCAGUCGCCCUCACUUACCUGUUCUGGGAGCUUUCUCGUCAUCCGGACCUGCAAGAAGAGCUGCGGAAAGAGCUCUUGACGCUCGAGCCUAAGAUUCUGUUUCCCCCACCUAGUGCGUCAAGGGGCCUGCCUCAGGCAAAAGCGGUUGAUUCAUUACCUCUCCUUGAGGCCGUAGUUACGGAAACGUUACGCCUGCAUGCCCCAAUCCCUGGAAUACAGCCUCGUGUCACACCUUAUCCAUCCUGUACCCUGGCUGGGUACAGCGAUAUCCCUGCAAACAUCAGAGUUAAUGCGCAGGCAUACUCGCUCCAUCGCAACCCUGAUGUGUAUCCGGAUCCUGAGGCAUGGCAGCCUAAGCGGUGGCUUAAGGGUGUCAACUCGGAUUCCGACCUCGAAGAAAGAAGGCGGUGGUUCUGGGCCUUCGGGAGUGGCGGAAGAAUGUGUGUUGGAAGCAAUCUGGCCUUGCAAGAAAUCAAACUAGCAACGGCGGCCAUCUACAGCAACUACAAGACGUCCAUCGUAGACGACGAAAACAUUGAAGCAAUCGACGCCUAUACGAUUAAGCCCCGCGGAGAUAAACUGGUGUUGAAGUUUGAAGCUGCGUAGAUCGUGUCCAAGUGUUGACAUGCCC